AUGGCAUCGUUUCCCGACCUCUUUCCUGGGUUGACCCUAGCAGUUUUCUACGAUGAUGAUGUUCUAUGGCAUGAGCGAUUAGUGCUUUGGCGCCUCACGGAUCUGGAGUGGUACGUGCUGACGCCCGACCUUGACAUGUAUGCUGAGGACUUGUCAUGCAGUGGAGGUGAUGGACCGUCCAAAUUCAAAGUGAAAGGGAAAGAUUUUAGAUACUGGUCUAGAGUAGGUGGUGGUUCUUACAGGUUUGCAAAGCCCAUCAAUGAUGACCAGCUCCUUCGUACCUACAUCAAGCAGGCUUUUCGCGAGGGUUCAAAGGAAGCCAGUUUUGAUCCUGAUUGGAGACCAGACCACGUCGUGGACACCAAGGGCGUCGUCCAGGACACGGAUGUUUUCUUGGGUCCCUUGGUGCUGCACCGACUGACUGACAAAGGGCCCGCGAAUCGCAGAGCCAUGGGUGCUGGGGUGGUGGCCGGGGGAGAUACCUCCGGGGAUGAUGAUCGGGUGACCAGACCUAUCGUUGAAGCUGACCCGUCUCAAGUUUGGCUGAUCACCGAAAAUAUUGACCAGUACAAGAUUGGGGACUAUGCCCGAGUCGAUCCCAGUCGUGACUUGAUGCUUGGAGGCCACACAGGACUCAUUCGGGUCGCCUCGGGCUGGGCAAAGGCAGAACUGAUUUUGACCACGGAUGCCGCAGAGUUCGUUCGUGCUCGUCGGGGUGAUGCCGGCUCCCCGUCUCCUUCACCCCUUCAGGCAACCGAGAUUCACGAGAACGAAGAGGGAUCCAGUGACGCUCGAACUUUGAUGGUUGACUACGACCACCAGGGCACCAGAUUCAAAGAGUGGCGAGUGGUGGUUGCCGACAGCAAAGACUACCACUAUGAGGACUGGCCCUGCGAGGGCCCAUCGACGGUGCUUCAUCUUCUGAAGCACGAUGAAGUUUGGUGGUGCCUCAUGGACGUGCUCUAUCUUGGGGGCACCUUUGACCAGCUCAACAUGCCGGUCCUGGCGAGCUUUGAGACUGUUGCCAGGAGAGUCCAAUGCAUAGUCGACGCCUAUGCCGCCGGUGGAUCUGGUGCUCCGGAUUGGGGCAACGCAAAGCUGUUCACUGGAUACACUGGGCCCGAGGACCUAGUGAUGCCCCAGCUCAAGACAUGGGCUGCAAGGCGGGGGAAGGAGGAAGUCGAGCUCUAUCAAGUGGAGUUCAAGAAGAAGCAGCAGCAGCCGCAGCAGAUGGCAACCUUCCUGCCGGAGGAGCCCCAAAACCCAAACGCCGUGGUGGGCGAGGGAAAGGGCUGGAACCUCCGGCGGCGAGCUCAUGAACCGGAUGGGGUCCAGCGGGGUGAGCCUGACCGCUGGAUUGAACUAUGA